CAUGAACUUACUAGCCUCUUUAAUGAUUUUCAAAGUGCACAGAAAGAACGAAUAAAAAUCAAACAACAAGCAAACUUUGUUUUCGAGUCUCAAAGUUCAGGUGUACAAAGCGCCAAGCCAUUAGAAGAACUUGAAGAUGAACAUCAAAAGAUGUAUUUAAGUAAAAUAAAUUUGGCGGAAAAAUAUCAAUUCGCUCGUCAAUUAUAUCAUUUGAUGCAUAAUCAUGUUCGAAUGAGCCAAUCGGGACUUCCCGCAGACCCUUAUGUAGAAAAGAUAGAGAAGACUGUUAAAAGGAUUUCAAGUAUGGAGUUUAGAGAUAUCAGCAUAAAGGAAGAUGCCUGGCAAAAAAGCAUGCAAAAAUUGGACUGGGAUUUACUGGAUACGUCGACAUCAAUUCGUGGAAUGGCUGACAUUUUUAUAAGAAGCGAGAAUGAUAAUCUUAUUACAAUGUGGUAUUGGGAACUUAAAAAUGGCUUGAUUGAUGCAUGUAAAUGUCGACCCCUUUGUAAAUUGUCGUCUGCGUCAGUCAAUUUAUUCUAUGAUAUCGUUGCAUAUGAUAUCACAUACACUUCUGGAAUAGCACAUGACAAAAAAAAUACAUCAAAGGUACUGAAGUUUAGCACAAGACAUCGAGGGCGUUGUUUGCUUGUUUCUAUAAUAAGAGAAGAUCCAAAAACGGGAUCAGGCACUGAACCGGAUUCUAAUUAUGACAUAAAAUUUGAUCAUCCCCUUGUUUUAUCAACUAUCAAAUUUCGUGAGAUGAUUCAAAUAAUUACUACUUCAGGUAAAAGCGAGAAACGGGAUGUACAUUUUAUUUCGCCGGAAAUGGAGCUGUCACUUCUCAAUGCCGUAUUUAGUAGUGGAAGUACUCAGAUCUCUUAUUUAAAAGCAGUCAUAUUCAUUGAACCAUUUGCCCUUAAGCAAGCAGUAUUCUUCAUACUCACACCUAUUUAUUUUCCAGCGGUGGUAUUAAACAAGCCCGACGAAAUGAAAAUAACUCCCGAUCACAUAUAUGGUGGCAUUCCAGUAUUCAGACCAACCUGGGAUCAAUUCAAAGAUUUCAGGGCGUUUGUAGCCGCGGUAAAACAUUAUGGCUAUGAUUCAGGUAUUAUAAAAAUAAUACCGCCGGAAGAAUGGAAAAAAACACUUCCAAAGGAUUAUUCUCGGCAAUUAAGCAAGAUUUCAAUCAAAAGUCCAUGCCAACAAAUGGUUAUGCGUGAUACUACGGUCGGAUACUACGUCGUCCGAAAUAUAGAAAGUGAUAAGACCUACACCGUUAAAGAAUGGGCUGAAUUAUGCGAAACAUCAAAAUAUGCUACUCCACCUCCCAAGAUGAAAAGCUCUUCUUCCAAAUCGUCUCAACGAAAAAGUAAUAAUUACGGAAAGGUCCCUACAAACCAUUCGCCUAAAAAACGUAGCACAUCCAGUCAAUCACCACCCGGGACGCCACCACGUGCGAAGAAACGUGCUCCAGAAAUUACUCAGACUCCUCCCGAAACACCACCAAAAGUUUGUACGUCGGGAUCAAGCAAGGCUAUUACUAUGAUCUCCGACUUGUCACUACCUGAACAGGCUAGCAUGACCGACUCGUUUGUAGAUAAUGAUUUUUCAUUACAAGACUACACUGAUGGCAGUGAAAUUGAAGAGGAAGAGGUUGUGCUCACUUCUGGACAAGUGACUACCGAAUUCCUGCAGCAAAUGCCUGAAUUACAAGCUGCAAUGCCGUCUACAAUCACACAUACUGUAGGACCUUUAUCUGAACCUACCAUGAAACCUAUAAAAACAGAAGAAUCGAAUAUGGAUUUUGAAAAAUUUGAUUACCGUUCUGUCAACAGACGACCGUUUAAUGAUGAUGAAUAUAUUAAAGAACUUGCUGUUUAUUAUUGGAAGAAUGUGACAUAUACCCCACCCUAUUAUGGUGCGGAUAUGGCAGGUACUCUAUUUACUGAUACAACCAAGUCGUGGAAUGUAAAUUGCCUCGAUAACUUGUUGAAUACUAUCGAUCCGAUUCCUGGCGUAAAUAAUGCAUACCUUUACUUUGGAAUGUGGAAAGCAUGUUUCCCAUGGCAUGUCGAGGAUAAAGAUUUAUAUUCUAUUAAUUAUAUCCACUUCGGUGCACCAAAGCAUUGGUAUGCUAUAUCUCCAAAACGAGCUGACAAAUUUGAACAGCAUAUGAGAGAGUUUCUUGUUUCGCCUUCUGCUCUCGACCGUGCUCCAAUUCUUUACAACCACGUUGUUCAACGAGAGGGAGAAUUUAUCAUAACCUUCCCUCGAGGAUACCAUUCAGGAUUCAAUUUAGGAUUUAACUGUGCAGAAAGUGUUAACUUUGCCUUCGAAGACUGGAUUGAGAUCGGAAUUAGAGCAAAAUCAUGCGCAUGCCGCCCGGAUUCUGUCCGAAUUGAUACAAAGAUUAAAUUAUCUUCUGAUUCUUUUGGUUCUACAUCAACCAAAAUUGUACUUUCUCCGAAAAAGGGUAGAUUGAAAUCUCACCCGAAUAAAGCAGUUCACCAGUGCUAUUUAUGUCCAAAUAAAUACAGUUAUGACGAAGAAACAUUGGAAGGAGGUGAAUUUGAGCUUAUAUCCAACGACGAUGGCAGUCAAUAUGCUCAUGGUUUAUGUGCAAUGUUUGUUCCAGAAACAUGGAUUGCGAGUACAGAUGGUUCAAUGACUGAUUGUAAAGUUAUUGAAACAGAACCUAUACCUGUAUACCGGUUUGAAACGGAAUGUCAGGUUUGUCAUACCAAAGCAGGUGCAUGUGUUCAGUGUCAAGAGGCUGGCUGUACAAAGAGCUUUCAUGUAUCAUGUGGAGACAGUGAUGGGAAUCAAUUCAAAGGAAUUGACUUAGAAGGUCAAAUAUAUUAUGUGAUCUAUUGUAAAACGCAUCAAAAGGAUCAUGCUGCUAUUAUGGACAUUUUAGGUAUGGACGAUGAAGAGGAGGUUUCAGAUUCUGAAGAAUUUAAUGCCAUGGAGUUGGAUGUAUCUUGGAAUGGAUAA